AUGGUGGGGCAGGGCACCCGGGCUCCGUCCGAGAGCACACAGACUGUGAUGGAAUUCCUGCCGGUCCAGAAGGCGGGGAUAAUCUUCAUGCCAGGAACCACCCAGAUGACAGCCAGGGACAUUCUCUAUCGGCUACAAAUAUCUCAAGCUAAAGGCAUCGUGACCACAGAUACUCUUGCCCCUGAGGUGGACUCUGUGGCUUCUGAGUGCCCCUCUCUGAAAACUAAGCUCCUAGUGUCUAACCACCACCGUGAAGGGUGGCUGGACUUCCGGUCACUGAUCGAAUCAGCUUCCCCAGACCACACUUGCAUUAAGUCAAAGACCAUGGAACCAAUGGUCAUCUUCUUCACCAGUGGGACCACAGGCUUCCCCAAGAUGGCAAAACACAACCACGGACUUGCCUUACGAUCCUCCUUCCCUUCAUGCAGGAAAUGGCUACAACUGAAAUCAUCCGAUAUCAUCUGGUGCCUGUCGGACACAGGCUGGAUUUUGGCUGCAAUAGGGGCCCUGUUUGAACCAUGGACAGCAGGGACUACAAUUUUCAUCCAUCACCUGCCCCAGUUUGACCCCAAGGUCAUUGUACAGACGCUCUUCAAAUACCCAAUCACCCAAUGCCUUGGUGCACCAUCCAUUUAUCGGAUGAUUUUGCAGCAGAAUUUCACCAGUCUCAGGUUCCCAACCCUGGAGCACUGCUGUACUGGCGGAGAGGCUUUGCUGCCUGAAGAGCUAGAGAAGUGGAGAAAACAGACAGGCAUUUCGCUCCAUGAAAUCUACGGACAGUCAGAAACUGGAAUUAUGUGUGCUGUUUCCAGGGGAAUGAAGAUCAAGCCAGGUUCCAUGGGGAAGGCCAUCUUACCCUUUGACAUCCAGAUUAUUGACAACAAAGGGAAUAUCCUGCCUCCCAACACCGAAGGAAACAUUGGUGUCAGGAUCAAGCCUACCAGACCCAUUGGCCUCUUCAUGUGCUAUGAAAAUGACCCAGAAAAGACAGCCCAAGUGGAAUGUGGGGACUUUUACAACACUGGGGACAGAGCAACUAUUGAUGAAGAAGGCUACUUUUGGUUCAUUGGGAGAAGUGAUGAUAUCAUCAAUGCCUCCGGGUACCGAAUCGGUCCCACAGAAGUGGAGAAUGCCCUAGCAGAGCACCCAGCAGUGGCUGAGUCAGCCGUGGUGGGCAGUCCGGAUCCUAUUCGAGGGGAGGUGGUGAAGGCAUUUAUCACCCUGACCCCUCAGUUCCAGUCCCAUGACCGGAACCAGCUCACCAAGGAGCUGCAGCAGCAUGUGAAGGUAGUGACAGCCCCGUACAAGUACCCAAGGAAGGUGGAGUUUGUCCAAGAGCUGCCCAAAAGCAUCACUGGCAAAAUCAAACGGAGUGAACUUCGGAAAAAGGAGUUUGGGCAGAUGAAAUUGGCAGUCAACUCAGAUCCUGAGUGA